UUUUCUCCAAAACAUAUCACAUGGAUUUAUUAAGCUAUUUUGUUUGGGUGAUACCAUUAUAUGCAACAAUAAUUUUUUGCCUAAUCUUAUUUACAAAACACAAAUCAUAUGCUAAAGACUUACCCCCUGGACCUUCCCCUUUACCUAUUUUUGGCAAUCUCUUGAGUUUGGUACCCUACACCACCAAGCCCCAUAAGUACUUCGCCGAGCUAGCUAAGACUCAUGGCCCUAUCAUGAGCCUUCAACUUGGCUCCAUUACCGCCAUUAUUGUCUCGAAUUCCAUGCUCGCCAAACAAGUCCUUCUCAAAAACCACAAAAUUUCCUCCACCCUCUAUGAUCUUGACGCCGUUCAAGCUCAUGAUCAUGAGAAGUUCUCAAUCGGCCCGUUAUCGGCUUCUUCACCCAUGUGGAAGAUCCUUAGAAAAAUUUACAAUACUCGAUUGUUAAGUGAUAAUAUGAUGGAAGCCAUGCAAACUCAUAGAUAUAGAAUAUUGGAAGAUUUGUUAUGUUACGUGAAAAAAUGCUCGGAAGCUAACGUUUGUGUUGAUGUUGGACAAGCUGUUUAUGAUGCUUCUUUCAAUAUGAUAUCUAGUACCAUUUUCUCUAUGGAUUUGUUAAGUGAUGCACGGAUAAUAGAGAUUAAAAAUUUGAUGGAUUGUAUUAUACAAGAGAUUGGUAGGCCUAAUAUCGUGGAUUGUUAUCCUUUCCUCAAGAUAAUUGAUCCACAACGGAUUAGGCAUCGUUUAACAACUUAUUGUGUGAAAUUGUUUAAGUUAUUUGAUGAAAUUGUAGGGAUGAGAUUGAAAUCCAAAGAAAGACGAGUUAACCGUGAAGGAUCGUAUAGUGAUUUAUUGGACGUGAUUUUGGAAGUUAUGGAAGAACAAAGCGAUGAAAUCAGUCGAGAUCACCUCCACCAUCUAUUAUUGGAUCUCCUUGGUGCUGGAAUGGACACAACUUCGAAAACAAUAGAGUGGGCAAUGGCAGAAUUACUCCGAAAUCCUAGCGUUCUACACAAAUUACAAGCAGAAGUAGAUGAAGUGGUGGGAAAAGAUAAAAAUACAUUAGUCUUGGAAUCAAACAUAUCGCAACUUCCAUACCUCCAAGCAGUCGUUAAAGAAACCCUAAGACUUCAUCCAGCAGCUCCAUUGUUACUACCACGUAAACUGGAGCAAAACAUUGAUAUAAAUGGUUUUCUACUCCCAAAGGGUGCCAUGCUUAUUGUUAAUGCAUGGGCUAUCGGUCGCGACGCAAGUACCUGGACUGAUCCGGAUACAUUCUCUCCGGAGCGGUUCUUAGGCUUGGAGCUUGAUGUGAAGACACAAUUUUCUCAGUUAUUUACAUUUGGUGCUGGAAAGAAGAUUUGCCCUGGGAUGCCCUUGGCCAUGUGUAUGAUAUCUUUGGUGUUGGGUAACUUGAUUCACACGUUUGAUUGGAAACUUGAAGAUUAUGGGGAGUUGCAGCAUGUUUUAGACAUGGAUGAUCAUUACGGAAUUACUAUUAAGAAGGCUAAGUCGUUACGUGCUUUUCCCACCCAGCGUUUGUUAUAGAUAGUAAUGACAUAAACUGGCCUCAACACCUGAAUUAUAGUUCGGGUACACCCAACACCACCAACUAUGACUAGUAGCCUAAACACCACCAACUAUGAGGUGGGAUGCAUUCCGUACCAUAAAUGAGGCCGGAAGCCUAAAAUGUUGCCACCCCGUAGUUGGUGGUGUUUAGGCUACUAGUCAUAGUUGGUGAUGUUGGGUGCACCUGAACUAUAGUUCAGGAUGUUGAGGACAAUUUUACCUAUGACAAAGUUUCUACUAGAAUAUAGAGUGUCUAUGAACAUAUGUAAUAAGUGCAUUUAGGUUGCAAACUUGCACAAUAAUCGUAUAUGCAUCU